GCUGGAAAUCAAAUUUCUUCAGAACAUAAAAUUUCAACUGUCUGAUUUCAAAAAUAAAAAUUAAUCCAUAAAACCAAUUUUAAAAAAAUAAAUUCUAUUAUAUUUUUUAAGCAAACGCAAGAAAAAUAUUGGACGUUGAAAUUGUUUAUUAAAUUAUAAUUAUAUUAAAACAAAGCAAUAUGCAGGAAGUAGCAGUGCUGCCUUGGGAGAAGAUUGCUUGGAGUGAUGAGCACGUGCAACUAAUCUAUCGUGAUUGGGGACUCUUCUACACACACAAACAACAAUUGGAUAUCGCUGCCAAAUAUUACGAUAAAUCGUUGGAGUUGAAGGAGGACGAUUCGCGAGCACUCUACUUUCGCAGUCAGUGUAAACGGAACAUAGCUCAGACGCAGGGCGCGCUGGAGGAUGGAUUAGCAGCGGGAGCCAUCGAACCGAAUAAUGCACCAAUAAAUCUCGAGAUCUGUGAUGCACUCUACGAGUUGAAUCAAUUUGAAAACUGCAAAGUCGAGCUACACGAUAACACACAUAAAUUUUAUGGCAAAAAAGUGUCAGCUUUUCAAAAUCGUUUAAUUGUGGUUGAUGAAAAUUUCAAAGACUCAAUUGGUGAAACUCUCGGUCCGUUCAUAUUGCGCAAUGAGAAGAUAUUCGCAAAAGUUUUGGAACAAUUCGAGCGUGAGAAAUAUGUCGAUCCGCGUCCGUUGUGGAAAAUCUUGCGUGAGCAGGGCAAAUGCGAUGUGUUGAGCGUACUCGAAAAGGAGGAAGUACUGCUAUCGCCACGGGAGAUCGCUAGACGUGAACGCGCCUUUAAAGUGUUCAAUCAAAUUUAUUACAAUAAAAGUUGGAUUGAUGUGCUAUUUUUAAAGGACCUACGCGAUAAUAUGAAUUUGUUAUUGCCACAGUGUAAAGUAUCCACACCCUACUUAAGACAUCUGACGAAUACAAAAUAUGAGGUGCUGAAAAAAUUUUUGAAAAUGCUGCAAGCACGUAGUCCACUUUACAACGAACAAAUGCGCAAAUGUCCCGAUAAAAAGGUUUGGGAAAAACACCGUCAGGCACAUCUGAAUCACAUACAAUAUCAAACACGCCGAAAUAUGCUUACGAUAUUACGAACUAUACGGCAAUUACGAGAAAUGGGCAAAAUUCAUAAGCUCAGCAAAUACGUCGAGGAAGUUAUGGGCGAUUACGUUGUGUUGAAAACACAUCGUGUUAUGCCGUGGAAAUUCGAAUUUCUUAAUGAAGUCUACAACACCCUUGCCUUAGCCUACACUGAUCGCUAUAUUAACCCGACGGAACUGUAUCCGGCCAUUGAAAGUAAAAAAACUCUACUCCAACUACUUCGUGUGCCAACCGAUAAGAAUAAAGAUCGUGCUGUCACAUUUGUGUUUGGCGAUAAAUCAACGUAUCAAGAACCAGAUGCUACGGAUUAUACAAUGAUUGCUUACAAAAAAUACUUAGCCCGUCUGGAGAAACGCAUAUAUUUUGCAAAAUAUUCCAUUGAGAAAUGCUAUCUGCUACACGAAAUUGCACGAAGUCACUUGGGACAGAGCCGAUUCGAUGAGUGUUGUUCUGUAGCGCGCAAAGCCAUUGAAGAAUCGAAGAACUGCAAUAGCAACAUAUGGCGCUUUCUGGCCACCAUACUGAUCUGCAAAUCUCAUGCGAUACUGCAUAAAGUGGAACGUGCCAAAGAGAUACUCGACGAAGCUUAUGCGGUAACACAAGCUCUAAAUAGUAAAGCUUUACUAACUUUUGUCGAUAAUUGUCGACAUAUGAAUGAUGCCGAGUUGUCGCUGAAGAAGCGUUCGCAAUCCAUGGAGUCGGUGCGUAAGCGUAGAAGUAAAGUGUCGCUUGAUAGCGAUCGAAACUCACAAAACUCUCAGCACAGCAUUGAUACGGUGGGAAGUGGACAGGAAAUUUAAAUAAAUUUAUGCAUAUGUAAAUAUGUUUAUGCAAAA